UUACUGUACCGGCAAAUGGCAGAACACAGCUCAGAACAUUUACCCAAACAAGAGCCAUGCUCAACUUCAAAUCGUACCGACUUAACGGAGAAGGAUCCCGGAGUAAGGAGGGUUGAGGACAGGUUCCCGGACACGUGUCGCCAGGGCGCGGAGAGCGCAGGAUCGGUGUGCACUGGAAGCGGGAUGCCUCGCGAGCUCCGCAAACCGCGCAGCAACUGUCCAAAAUCCAAAGAGCGCAUACGACUUAAUACUCACAAACUGGUGUUACAGUACAUCGCACCAUGCAUGAACUCGUACGGUUUAUGUAUAGUAGACAACUUUUUGGGAGAAAAGCUUGGAGACCGAAUUCUACAGGAGGUAAAACGCGUGCACGAGGAUGGGAGAAUGCAGGACGGACAGCUCGCGUGCCAAACUCUGGGCCAAACUAAAGUAAUUCGCGGGGAUAAAAUCGCCUGGGUCGAAGGCAUUGAAACGGGCUGCCACAACAUCGGCAUUCUGCUGGCACGAAUGGACAAGCUUGUCACGUUUGCUAAUGGUAAACUUGGGAGCUACAAAAUCAGAGGCAGACACAAGGCAAUGGUAGCAUGCUAUCCAGGCAAUGGUGCAGGUUAUGUGAAGCAUGUAGAUAAUCCUAAUGCAGAUGGACGAUGUGUCACCUGCAUCUACUACCUGAACAAAAACUGGAAUGCCAAGGACCAUGGAGGAGUUUUGCGCAUUUUUCCUGAAGGAAAAUCAUAUGUCGCUGACAUCGAACCACUGUUCGAUCGACUCCUGCUUUUCUGGUCUGACCGUAGGAACCCUCAUGAAGUACAACCAUCAUUUGCUACUAGGUAUGCAGUCACAGUGUGGUACUUUGAUUCAGAGGAAAGGGCUGAAGCGAAAAGAAGAUUUAGGGACUCAGCAGCCACUUCACAAAGCAGUGCUGUGUCUUAGCAGAAGAGCUUCAGACAGAACUUUGUCCACUGAGAAGAUUUUUGUUUGUGGUGGUGUUUUAGCUCUUUUGCACUUAAGGUACCAGCGCUUCCUCCUCAACCAUGCCUUUAGACUUUUUUUUUUUUUUUUUUGGAAACUUGGACUCCAUGUAACUCUGUCUUGUGUCAAUAUGUUUUAUAACAUGAUGCUUCCAUUAAAAAAACAAAAAUAAUAUAAGUGAAUUUAUAUAAUGUUUAUGUAAGAAGAAUGAAAUAACUAUUCUGUAGUUUUCAGUAGGUAUGGCUGAUGAAUGAAGUUUUGAGAAAUGUUUGUAUCUGAAAUAUUUCCAGAGUCUGGUGUGUCUCAGUUUUGCUAGGUGAAAUAAGCUGUUUUUAUAUAUUUCUUUGCCGAUUAAAAUUAUAACCUUAAAGCAAAUGGUUACUACUGUAGUAAAACUGUCACCAGAUGAUUUGCAUGGCCUGUGACCACUUACAGAGUUGAAAUAAUUUUCCACAGCAAAUACCUGUAGUUUUCUAUUAAAAUGUUUCCGAUACUGGUUUGUGCUUAGGAUUAACACAUUGUGUGUGUGUGUGUGUGCGUGUGCGCGUCAUGUUCUUCUUAUCAGAAUGUAAGUGUUAUACAUUGGUUAUGGUUUGCUACUUUGAAAUUUAAAAUACUAGGAUUUGGCAAACCUUUUACAAAACCGUGUUCCCGACACUAGCAAUUCACAUUGGGUUAUAGGACAGCUCUAGUAGUUAUUAACUAGAAAGUCUGUCUUUUUUUUUUUUUUUAUAAGCAGCUGUGCUGUCUUGAACUAAACAGGCAUUGGAAUGUAAUGUCUAUAAUGAAUGCUUGAAUGAAAGCAGAAUAAUGUAAAAUAAAUUGAAAAUGUUAACCACAUUGAUGAGACUGGCUACAUGUAGAUUUCUUUUCUUUGUGGCUUAUCUGUAAAUAAAGAAGUGAAUCAAU